AUGGAGAGGGAGGGCGAGAAGUCUGCAGUUGUCGCCGUGGUGACCGAGCCGCGGUUUGCCCAGAGAUACAGGGACUACCUCGAGAAGCAGCAACUCCUGGACUGGCAGCACCGCGUGCAGAAGCUGCGGGAUGGCACGGUGGCGCUGCCGGUGCUUGCCGGCGCCUUGGCGGAGCGGCACGUGCGGGAGCUGAGGGAUCGCGUGGCCCCAGGCAGCACCUGCAUGCUGACGCGGCUCCUCCAUCCCCUGCCUUCCAAGAAGGCCCGGGUCUGCUCGCCCGCGCAGAGGCUGUGUCGUGAGCUGAGGCGCUGGGCGGAGGACCGGGGAGUGGCGUGGUCCGCUGACCUGGAGGCAGGUGUGCCCCGCUCCUGGCAACGGCACGGUGACCUAAUGCUGCUCGGUGAAGACUGUUUCCCAGCCGAGCCGUGGAGAAGUCUGGAACCAGAGCUCUGGGACGCUGUGGCCUCGGCCCUCGGAGUUCGACGUUUGGCAAAACGAGGGCGGGUGCUGCCGGAUGGUACCCGAACUCCGUCGGUGACCCUGCUGCUGGGUGACCAUGGCUGGGUAGAGCACACGGAUAACGGCAUCCGGUACACGUUUGAUGUGACGCAGUGCAUGUUUUCCUUCGGGAACAUCACUGAGAAACUCCGAGUGGCAUCGCUGUCCUGUGCUGGGGAAGUGCUGGUGGACCUCUAUGCGGGGAUUGGUUAUUUUACAUUGCCCUUCCUAGUCCACGCUGGCGCUGCCUUCGUCCAUGCCUGCGAAUGGAACCCGCAUGCUGCACUUGCUCUCAGGAAAAAUUUGGAGAUCAACGGCGUGGCAGACCGGUGCCAAAUACACUUCGGAGACAACAGGAAGCUGCAGCUCUCGAAUACUGCAGAUAGGGUGAACCUGGGGCUGAUUCCCAGCUCUCAAGAAGGCUGGCCCGUUGCCUGCCAAGUGCUUCGGAAGGAUGUCGGGGGAAUUCUGCAUAUCCACCAAAAUGUGGAGUCUUUCUCGGGAAAGAAUCCCCAGGGAAUUGUCCCUGGUGAACGGGGAAGUGGAAGGGCUGGGAAUGUUGGGGGCGAGAUGCUGUCAUCAGCCAUCAGACCAGAGUGGGAAAGCUGGGCAGAGUCUGCAGAAACUCAGAUCGCCUCUCUUCUUCAUCAAGUGCAUGGGAAGCUGUGGAGGACAAGGAUCCUGCGUGUCCACCCGGUGAAAUCGUACGCCCCACAUGUGGAUCACAUAGUCCUGGAUCUGGAAUGCCGCCCUGUCCUCUAGUUGGAUACAAGAGGUAGAUUCGGGGACACAAUAAAGCCAAAUAUGUGGCCCUUACUGCUUCGGCUAGGGCUGAGUUCUCACCCUUUGUUUCCUGGUGCUCGUUUGAAAUGGUGUGUGGCCUAAAAAGGAACUCCAGACCAGUCCAAAUAUAUAUAUAUAUAUUUUCUGAUAACCACACCGAGAACACGUUAAAGUAUCAGAGGAAAACAGCAUGGCUCAUUAAAAUGGACCCAUUUGUGCAGUCACGAAUUCUGCAUUUUACCUUAAUUCUCAGUGGGUAUAUAUGGUCUUAAUAUUCAUCUGGUCGUAUUUAUUUGUACAUUGGGUUUCCUUGCAAGAAUUGGAUCGUGUGGCUUCUUUCUAGUAAGUCAGAUACAGAUUGAUUACUGAGGGAAAUACUGAUUUACUGUUAGUACUGUUGCCACAGGUCACUAGCUUCAGCACGAGAAAGCAACUAGAGAGCCAAGAUCCAAAAAGGGAGACCAGUGAGGAACUUGUCCAGUUCCACACAAGUUCUGUACUUGUUCGGGCACAACGUGAUAAUGGUUUGCACUGGGGUGGCAGCCAUGGGGAAAUGAAAAAAAUAUAGAUGGGUUUGGAAAAUAAAAUCAAUGGAAACAAAUAAUGAGCUCCAAAUGAAAGCCUUGAUAUGAUAGUGCUUUGUUACUGUGACUACAUUACAAUAGGAAGGGGACAGUUAA